GGCUGUAAUUCAACACAAUGAAUUUAGACCACUCCCACUACCAUUUCCACACUUUGCAGAGGCGCGGAAGUUGGUUUUGUAGGCAGAAUGUUGGGGGAAUGCGGUAUGCUGGAACGAGACAGAAGGGGGCUUCGGAAAUGCUCUGUGACUCUCUGCAAAGAGAUGGUGGUGGACGAGCUGUUCAUUCAGUCGCUGCAGACAGACGACAUUCUCACCGACAGCAUGGCAGAAAGCAUCCUGGUGGAGCCGACCUCCCACAAGCGGAGCUGGCGUCUGCUGUCCCUGCUCCCCAAGCGUGGUCCCAGAGCCUUCAGCAGCUUCUGCUCAGCACUGAGAGACACAGAGCAGCAUCACCUAUGUGCCCUGCUCACAGAGUCACCAGAGAGGGAUGGAGAGAGACAGUGUCCCCAGACAGCUAAGGCGAAAGACAGGGCUGAGGAGGUGAUAUCCACAGCAUACCCAAUCCAAGCUUCAGACCGCAACGCCCCAUUCACAAAGAACCCAGUCAAAGACAGUGAGGAAGAGGGGGAUGAAGAGAAAGAGAGAUAUAUGGACUCUCCCCUCCCACUACCUUUCCAGGAGAGGAUGGUUCCAGCCAAGAGAGCCAGAACACAAGAGUCAAUGGAGAUGUGUCUGGAUGCAGACAGUCCCAUCACCAGCUCUGUUCUUCCCUGUACACCAGACUUCUACUUAAAACACUGCCAACAGUCCUAUAGUAUGGUGUCCAGUCCUCGUGGCCUGGCCUUGGUGAUCAGUAAUGUCUCCUUUGACCCCUGUGCUGCUCCUGACCUGGACUCCAGGAAGGGAGGGGAGGUGGACGAGGAGGUCCUCAGGAAGGUGUUCACUGAGCUGGACUACAUAGUCACCGUCCGGAGAGACCUCACAGCUCCGGGCAUGCGGGAGUGCAUUGAGCAGUUUGGCAGACGGCAGCAGCACCAGACCGUAUCCAGCUGUGUGGUGUGUCUGCUGUCCCAUGGAGUAGAGGGGGCUAUCUACGGCACAGACGGACAGCUGCUGGAGUUGGACUGGGUGUUUGAGGCAUUUGACAACGCCCACUGUCCUCUACUGCAGAAUAAACCCAAGAUGUUCUUCAUCCAGGCCUGCAGAGGAGAGGAGAUGGACUGUGGGGUGGAGCAGUCAGACGGGCCAGAGAGGACCCAGUCUCCUGGCUGUGAACAGAGGGAUGCAGGGAGGGAGGGAGAGGGAGAUGGUGACACCAGGCAGACGGAGGAGAGAGGCAGGCUCAGAGUCAAACUGCCCCAGCGCUCUGACAUGAUCUGUGGCUUCGCCUCCCUCAAAGGCACUGCAGCCAUGAGGAAUACCAAGAGAGGAUCCUGGUUCAUCCAAGAGGUCAACUCAGCACUCCGCUUCAGAGCCAGAGACACACACCUAUCAGACAUACUGGUGCAGGUGAAUGGUCGUAUUAAAGACAGAGAAGGCUAUGCUCCUGGCACCCCCCACCAUCGCUGUAAGGAGAUGUCUGAAUUCACCAGCUCCCUCUGCAAAGACCUCUACCUGUUCCCCAAGUACCACCCUCAGUACUGACAUGCACACAUUUCUGCACCCCUACAGCACCACACACAUACCGCACCCACUACUGACACACACACAUGCUGUUACACACACUCACAGAGGAUUAAUGAAUUCACAUUUGCUGUGCAAAUUCUCUCACAGACAAACUCUUGGAAAGAAAAAUGAAAGGAGUUGUUGUAAAUCUAUGUGCUUGGUAAUGGACAUGAAGUAUACAUGACUGGUAUGCAGCUGAUGUGUGUACCUACCUAUCAGCUAGGCUUGCUAUAUGUGUAUCUGUGCCAGUUAGAAAUGGGAUUGAAAUGUUCUAGUAAAUAUUUUUAGCUCGCUAACACACCAGAAUAUAUUUAAAUGUAUCGCUUUUAAUUUCUUACUAAACAGUAACUUUUGGGUUUCAAGUUUAUUCUUUUUUUAAACAUGUAUUUUGUAUGCAGAUCUAUUUUUAUCAAUUUAUUUUGUAUCAAAUCAUUUUUAAGCUGUUUUUUUGUAAGAAUUUUAAAGCCCUCGUCUCCUUUUUGUAUUCCAAAAUGUUUAUUAUAAAAUGCAUACCAUUAUAAGCAUUAUAAUAGGAAAUCCCCCCUGACCAAAUGAAGGUAUGUAUCUGUGUCCAUCUGAUGGGCAGACAGGUGGUGGUGUAGUGUUAUUGGCUGAGGAUGCAGCAUGGAGGGAGCUGCAUUUCAAUACCCUCCUAGUAAUCUGAGUCUUCCACUGAAGGAUACUGGGACAAGUAGAUGUGAUAUUGGGAGUUUCGUGUUUGUUAGCAAUGAUUUGAUGUGUUAUUGAGGCAACAAGUGUACUGCAUUCCAUUUGAAUAGAAUGGAGUCAUGACCAUUUCUCUCACAAACUGUCCUCCUCCCCCUCCCAUCUCUCUACCUCCAUGGGGGCGUUACGGUCUAAGGCACUGCAUCUCAGUGCAAGAGGCGUCACCACAGUCCCUGUUUCGAAUCCAGGCU